AUGUUUGAUACAGCUGACAAUUAUUCACGAUUGAGAGACUUACCAAUCAGCGAUUCACCGACUGAUAAUGUAGAACUAUCAAGCAGGCGUAUCAAUACUCGUCUAUUCGUUCCUCAGAAUGAGAACAAAGAAAUCCUAGCUCCCAUUGUUGCUUACGCACAAGUACCACUCACUUCAUUGCUUGAAUCAUGUUUACCUUUGGUUGAUAUUGUUCACGAUGUAAUACAAUACGCUUCAACAGCAUUACACAAUACACCAGAUCCUCCGCCAGAUGGAUUAACGCGUGACGAGUCUGCAUCAAUCCGUCUGUACACAAUGGAAUGGGCAACUUCACGUGACAGUUUGUAUUCAAUAUUAAAUUUCACCUUAAAGAAGAAUAUUGAUCGAAACGAAUUGAAACCAUGGCAUUUAUAUCUGAAACUAUUCAUAACUGCUUUAGUUAAAAUACCGUGCUUGCCUGUGCAAACAGUAUGGCGUGGUGUUCGGUUAAAUAUCAGCGAUCAAUUUCCUAUUGGACAACCUGUGACUUGGUGGUCUUUUUCGUCAUGUACAACAAUGUUGACUGUUUUAGAAAAUGAAUUCUAUCUAGGCAAAACCGGAGAACGAACACUUUUGUCGAUCGAAAUGAUCAACGGAAGAAGCAUCAGUGCACAUUCACAUUUUCAGAACGAAGAAGAGGCUGUUUUGUUACCCGGAACAUAUAUGGAAGUGAAAUCACAAUUUAACCCGGCAUCGGAUCUCUAUAUUGUUCAUUUGAAACAAAAAGUACCGAAAGAAAUUCUACUUGCACUGCCAUUUGAAAAUGCACUUAUGUAUCCAAAACUUGAAUUUCAUUGGUACCGAAAGAAGAAAUAUCUAUUUGCAACGGUUCUGCUAGUUUUGAUAUCCAUUGCAGCAAUUAUCAUUGGUUCAGUGUUAGGAACACGAACGAAGCAUAUAGUGGGAUCAAAUACAACAAUCACGAAAAACUUAUGCACGAAUCCUUUUACAAACUCCAAAACUUAUAAAUCUGCUAAUCAGUCGAGCUCUAUCACAGCAAGCGACUUCAAUAAUGACCGAAUGCUCGAUCUCGCAAUAACAAGCUUAUAUGAAAAUGAUGUGACGAUACUAAUGAAUAGCGGCGAUGGGACAUUUAUUGACGAAAUGAACUACUUUGCUGGUCAACAACCGACUGACGUUGUAUCCGGUGAUUUUAACAAUGAUCAAGUAUUGGAUAUGAUAGCUGCUGGUCCACCGCUUCUCAAUAUUCUAAAUGUUGCAUUAGGCACUGGACACGGACGGUUUUCUACGCUAAAUAACUUUACAACAGGAUUUUGGCCGCAGUUUUUACUCGCAAACGAUUUCAAUGAUGAUAAUACGUUGGAUCUUGCCGUAGUUUCUCAGUAUAAUCAAACAUUAAGUGUUUUGUUGGGUAAUGGUGAUGGAACUUUUCGAUCGCAAACUAACUAUACUCUCGGCAAGUCUCCAAUGUCGAUCAUAUCCGGCGAUUUUAAUUAUGACACGAAACUAGAUCUGAUUGUAGCUAUCCGAGGUAAUAAUACUGUGGAUGUAUUCUUUGGUCAGGGAAAUGGAAUGUUUCAAACACAAAUUCGAUCUACUAUCUACAAUGCACCGUUUGGAAUCGCGGCAGGCGAUUUUAACAACGAUCGAAUACUAGAUAUCGCGGUAGCUCAUUCAGACGAUGACAUGAUUAGUAUAUUAUUUGGUAACAACACGGGAGUAUUUGUACCAAAAGCCAAUUAUACUGUUGGAAUGAGGCCUUCGCAUGUACAAUCAUAUGAUUUUAAUCGUGAUAAUACGUCAGAUCUGGUAGUGCUCAACUACGAUAGUGGCAGUGUAAGUGUAUUAAUUGGCAAUGGAGAUGGAACUUUUAAAAAUGCGAUUGAAUACAAGGUUGGAAGUACUCCACAAUAUUUUACAGCAGGUGAUUUUAACAGCGAUCAAAUCAUCGAUUUAGCAGUAUCGAAUUUUCGCAGUGCUAGUAUUAGUUUACUGUUUGGCAAUGUAGAUGGAACAUUUCGUAACGAAACACGGUAUCCAGUCGCUGAGUUUCCACUCUGUAUUAUAUCAGCUGAUUUCAACAACGAUUCGUAUUUAGAUUUAGCAGUCAAUAUUGCAAAUGCAAUCGUUAAUAUCUUACUCGGCUAUGGAAAUGGAAAGUUUUCUUCUCAAAGAAAAUAUAUGGUCGGUCGUGGUCCUGAUUAUGUUACAUCAGAUGAUUUUGAUGCCGACGGAAAACAAGAUCUUGUCGUCGCUAAUAGGAAUGCCAAUACAAUCAGCCUUUUGUUUGGCACGGGAGAUGGAUUUUUUCACGAUCAAUUCGUGAUUCUUGUUGGACAAGGGCCAGUCUGGAUUGUGUCAGCUGAUUUCAAUAAUGAUACAAGACUUGAUCUUGUUGUACUCAAUGGAGGAAAUCGCACGAUGAGCGUGCUACUUGGUAUGGAAAACAGAACAUUCCAAGAUCAAAGGAUGUUCAAUAUUGAUUAUUCACCGGCAUCGUUUGUUUCAGGCGAUUUUAAUAAUGAUGGAAGACGUGAUAUUGCAAAAGGUAAUUCGAUUAAAGAUACUGUGGUUGUCCUGCUUGGUGAUGGUCAUGGUGCUUUUCAAAAUCAACGAAGUUCUCCAAGCAACAGUGGUUCAGGUUUUCUAGCAGCAGAUGAUUUCAAUGGCGAUCGCAUACUGGACUUGGCGGUGACUGAAGGUAGUUCAUCUAACAGAAAUAUGAGCGUAUUACUUGGAUAUGGCAAUGGAACGUUUGCGUCUCCGAUGCUCUAUGUUCUUUGCUCCUAUCCUACGAAUAUUAUCGCUGAUGAUUUCAACAAUGAUAACAAAGUAGACGUAGUUGUAUUAUGUACCUCUGAUAAAAUCAUCGUAUUGUUACUUGGCAAUGGAGAUGGAACGUUUACUAAUAGAAAAGAGUAUCCACUCGCCACGAUUGGAGGCUCGAUGAUAUCAGGUGAUUUCAAUGAUGAUAAAAAGAUAGAUUUGGCAGUCGAAGCUGGAGGAUCUGUUGAAGUUUUUAUCAAUUCAUGUGAUCUUGGUGAUGUAGAUUAA